AUGAGAGCACUGGUCCUGCUCUGCUGCUUUGUGGCCUGGCUGCUGCUCCCAGGACAGGCAGGAGGCAAUACACAGCAGUGGGAAGUUUAUGGGCAACUUGCAAAGGGCUCUGUUCAGGGCAGCCUCACGGGCAGUGUCGACCAGCACUUCUCUAGCUCGCUGCAGGCUUCAGAAGAUGGCGGCGGUUUAUCAGAGAGUCACCUCUCUGCGGGAGAAGCAAGUCUAGAGGAGAAGGAAAGGGCACUUUAUGCCGAGGUGGCCCCUCAAGACCACAGUCUGCACCUUCAUGCCCCGGAUGGCAGGGAGGCCGAAAGCCCUGAGCAGCCCCCCAAGGGCACGCCCAAAGCGUCAGAGCCAGCUGCCACCGGACCCCCUGUGGAGCCAGGCGAGGAAGAUCUGGGCACCACAGGAGGGGAGGGAGUGCUCAUGGCAGAAUUGGGGCUGGGGUCCAGUUCUGGAGAGGAGGGGGUCAGGCUGGGGCCCCCUGCGGAAGAAGUAAAAGUAGCAGCCGAGAGUGACAGUCCCCCUGAGGAUGACACAGAGGGCAGAGGGGCCCACACUGAGCAGGAGUCAGUCAUGGAAGAAGCACCCCCGGAGACAGGAGACCCCGACAUUCCAGGGAUUGAGCAGGAACCUGACAGGCUGGGCUCAGUAGAGAAUGAGGCCUCAGCCCCUAAAGACACACAGGACUCGAAGGAGGAGGGUGUCCGGAAGGAGUCCCCCAAAGAAGGCCAGGACAAGACCUCCUUGAAAGAAGGUGCUACCUCUGACAGAGAAAGUGAGGAAGGCAGCAAAGAAGGAGGCAAGGAAGGAAGUGAGGAAGGAGACGAGGAAGGAGGUAAAGAAGGAGGCAAGGAGGAAGCAUCUGGGGAACCCCCCAAAGAAGCUGGGGAUUCCCCUGAGAAAGCUGUGGAACCCCCUAAGGAAGCUGAGGCUCCUCCUGAGGAAACAGUGGUACCUCAGGAAGCCAGCAUAUCCUCUGAGGAAGCUGAGGCAUCCCCCAAGGAAGCAGUGGUACCCCAGGAAGCCACUGAGGAAGUCGGGGCACCCCACAGAGCAGCAGAAAGCACAAGUCUUGAUGACACGCAGGCCCAGCUGACCUCAGAGGAGCCAAGUGCUGAGCCUCAAGGGGACGAGACUGGACUUGCUAAGGCCCAGGAGCCCCGGGAGGAGCCUCAGGUGGCAAGCCUGGCACUCAGGAUGCGGAGGAUGUGA